AUGGCAGCUCCCAACACGGACUGGUGGGCGACGAUCCAGUCCGCGGCGUACACCGCCGCGGAGACGACGCGCUUACUCUCCCUGCGCACCGCGAAGCAGGCGGAGGUCAUGUACCACGAGCGUCAGAUUCAAUUGACGAAGGAAUCGUUCGGGAAGGACGUCUUCCAGCACAUGGAGGCGAACAACGCGGCGACGGUGCAGCAGAUGUUCGCGGACGCGAAGAGCGCGAUCGACGGGAUCAAGGCCACGAUCGCGAAGUGCAACGAGGACAUCGAAGAGCUCACGAAGCAGAUGGCCGCGGUGGGGUCGUGA